CUCUCUUCGACCUUUAUAUAGGGAUAAUGUAUCCGGUAGAUUAUCUGUGGAAUUGUAUCCUGGUGAACUCCGGCGCAUGCCUCGGACAAGAUGAAGAGCAUGUAUUGGUCAUUCGCAGUAUCAUUGAUCCUCGGAAGAUCUUCUGCAGCAUGGAGACAUAUUGAAGAGAGGCGAUUGAGAGAAGCAUUGGACUCCAGUGCAUAUACACAGGCCGCAUUUAUUCUCGUAAGUGCAUCGCUUUCUCUUUCCCCCGCCAAAACACCUGAAUGCAAGUCCACCUAUGCAAGCCCACUGAUACUUCGUCCCUAUGUAGCCUUCGCAGAAGGCUAGUCAAGAUCUCGAAGAACAAUGGCUUGCCUUCCAGGAAGCUGAAAAGGAUGACGAUAACAUUGUUAGCUUCGAUUGUGCCAUACACAGAGAAUUCUGUCAGAAACUCAACAUACCUUCGUACCCAACCAUCAGAAUAUAUCACCGGGAUGGCAGAAUAGAUCAGUACAGAGGUCAACACGAAGCUAGAGAACUAGCCAUGUUUCGGAAUCGUAUCAUCCGUCCUUCCUUCCUCGAGGCCGACGCUCAACUGCUAGAGCAUUUUAUCCUGUUGGAUGACGUUGUCAUAGUCAUGCACCCUCUUGCCCAGUCUGACAACUGGAAUAUAUAUGACCGCUUCACUGCCCUGGCAGCCAGGUAUAGGGACCGGUUCACCUUUCUGAUAGGUCCAUCUGUUACAGAGAGCCGCUCCGCCGCCGUCAUCUGCUACAACAAUCUCGACGAUGUGAAGCAUGUGGCUACCGAUACCCAGACCACUCAGGCCCUGGAGGACUUUGUCAUUUUGUGUGCGGAGCCCCUCAUCCCCGAACUGACCAUAAUCAACAAGGCCGAAUACAUCUCGACAGGGAAAAGCGUUCUCCACUAUUUUGCCAGCACAGAGGCAGAAAAGGAGGCGUACAGGGCGGAAAUACGGCCCUUGGCGAAGAAAUACUCUGGCAAAUUGAAGUUUAUCAUCAGGGACUUGAAUGAAUAUUCUGAUUUGUUGGGUGGGAGCGGAGGAGCAACAGACUUGACAACGGCAUUGGUACUCGAAAAUUCCGCAGCUGGUGCUUUGUAUCCUUUUCCAGGGAGUGUCAAACUCAUGGCAGAUGACGUAGAGAGACAUCUGAUCGACAUCGGCAGCGGCAAAUUGCAACCCGCAAACAGAAGCCCUGGCAAGGAGCAACAUGAAUCAGGACAUGACGAGCUUUGAUACACACACAUCAGCAAAUUUAUUCAUUUCCAGCAAUCAUCGGAACAGCGGGAAAAAAGACACGCAUGAUCAACGCAGCUCUUGAUAUCUAUUAUAGAGAUUCUG